AUGCCGGCUGGUAAUUCAAAUUCUGUCUUGAAACUGUUAGAAAAGAUUGAUGGAAUGGACGACGUAAAAAUUUUUACAGAUGAAAAAAACAAUGUACGUUCGGAAGUUGGCAUUAUUGGCGACCAACAUUUGAACGCAUAUUUAAAAAAUGAAACGAUGGUUUUUAUUAGUUCCGAACCAGAUAAAGGGUCAUUAAAGUUUUCAAAAUUUGACGAUUCAGAUGAAACGGAAAUGGAAGAAGACACUAGAAAAUUAAAAAACGUUGAUGAUAAAUUAGUCUUCGAUGAACCAGAAAUGGAUAGCGUUCAAAAAGGUGUCAGUGGUUUAUACAUUGUAAAAUGGAAAGACGAUAAAGAGAGGAAUACAAAUUUUGAAAAAGAAUUAGUUAAAUCGAUAGAAGAAUUUGAAGAGAUUAAACAAGAAAAAAUGCUUGAAGCACAAUUGGAAGAAACUGUACAAAAAAAUGGAAGAAAUCGAAGAAAAGUUAGAAAAUACAAGAAAGAAAAGAAGCCAAUUAAUUAA